AUGAAGCUGUCGCUUACCAACACCAUCCUCUCAUAUAGUUUCCUCCUCGUCCAACAUGUAUACAGCCUCGGUUUCGUCAACACACCCACAGCCCGCGACCUCCAUCUAGCUGCAGCAUUAGGGCUAAGCGCGGAUAGCGUUAUAUUGAAUCCAGUCGCUUUUCGGAAGUUGGCCGACACGUCUUAUUCGGACACGGUACCUGCUGAAUAUGCUGAUAUACCAAUCGACCAUGAUAAUCAUACAAUCGGCACAUAUAAGAAUAGAUAUUGGGUGACGACAAAAUAUUAUAAACCAGGUGGUCCAGUGUUUUUAUACGACGUCGGCGAGUCGUCGGCAUAUAACUCAGCACAACAUAUGUUGGGCGAGGCGGCUUUUUUCAAAGAAUUUUUAGAAGAAUUUGGUGGCCUUGGAAUUGUUUGGGAACACAGAUAUUACGGGGAAUCUCUGCCCAUGGGUCCUAUCAAUGCAGACACACCAGCUGAGAAUUUCAAAUACCUUACCCACACCCAAGCCAUCGCCGAUAUCCCCUAUUUCGCGCAAGAUUUCAGUCGCCCAGAGUUACCCUCGCAAGACCUGUCACCCAAAGGCACGCCAUGGAUCAUGAUUGGAGGUUCAUACUCCGGUAUGAGAGCUGCGUUUACUCGCGACGAAUACCCGCAGAGCAUCUACGCAGCUUAUGCUUCGUCGGCACCAGUGCAGGCACGCGCUGAUAUGAGUGCAUACUUUGAGCAGGUCUACCGUGGCAUGGUUUCCAAUGGCUAUCACGGCUGUGCGCAGGAUUUGCAUGCCGCUAUGAGCUAUGUUGAUUCUCAAUUGGCCUUGGAUGGCAUCCCUAGUGAUGAUGUUAAGAAACUGUUCCUGGGUGAAGGCGGGGAGAUCAACUCGAAUGGUGACUUUACGGCCGCGCUGGCUUAUAUCUAUGGCACGUUUCAGUCAUACGGGAUGGGUGGAGGAGAGCUUGGAUUAGGGUCGUUGUGUGACUGGAUUGAGGCUGUGCCAAGGGCAAUACCAGCAUCGCCGACUGCAAGACCGACUGCAACAGCGACGAAAAGAGACGCCGACAAACCGAUCUCAAGGAUACUUGGUCGACGUGCUCCAAACACACCGGAAAAACGGGCAAAUGAGCCAAGUGAACCUACACCAACUCCGUGGACAGGCUGGGCGCCUUUCAUCGGUAGUAGAGCUGUAGCUGAGCGAUUGGCAUCUUGGCCACAGUUGAUUCUACUUAUCAAUUCCUAUGCAGGUACCGAAUGCGACGUGCAAGUUGGCUCUGACUACUGUGACCUGGGUGGUAGACUCACAGACCCAGCUUCCAUUGCCUGGACAUGGCAAUACUGUUCUCAAUGGGGCUUUUUUCAAUCCGACAACAUAACUCCAAAUCCAACUCACGGCUUGCUAUCUACCUACCAAUCCUUGGCCUACAAUCAAGAGAUCUGCCAUCGACAGUUCCCCCGCGCUGCCGAAGCUGGUUUCCUCCCCGGAGCACCAGCCACUGAAGCAACAAACGACGAUACAGGAGGUUGGCUCAUCCGCCCAUCGAAUACAUACUGGUCAGGCGGCGAGUUUGACCCCUGGCGAACAUUGUCACCUCUGUCAACAGAAAACUUUGCGCCAGACUUUGUUACUUUUAGCUCAAACAUCCCGCAAUGCAAUCGGGAAACAGCCACAAGAGAGAUUUUCGGAUAUGUGAUGCAAAAUGCGAUGCAUUGCUUUGAUUUUAAUAUACAGUUUGAGGAGGGUAAGGUGUCGAGGAAUCUGUUUAAGAGUGCGUUGAAUGAAUGGCUGCCUUGUUGGGGGGGUAGGGCGAAAAGAGCGUGGGUUGCUUAG